AUGACUGCUGAAGUUGAACAAGUGAGCGAGGUUUUCAACACGAUUCUCGUGUUGGAUUUCGGAUCUCAGUACUCGCAUUUGAUUAUCAGAAGACUGAGAGAAUUCAACGUCUAUGCUGAGAUGCUUCCAUGCACCCAAAAGAUUAGUGAGCUUCCUUUCAAGCCGGUGGGAGUGAUUCUGUCUGGCGGUCCAUUCUCCGUUUACGAGGAGGGUGCUCCGCACGUGGAUCACGACGUUUUCAAGCUAGGAGUUCCAAUCCUGGGUAUUUGUUACGGUAUGCAGGAAUUGGCCUGGAUUAACGGUAAAGGUGUUGGACGUGGAGAAAAAAGAGAAUACGGUCCAGCUACUUUGACUGUUGAGGACUCGACUUGUCCGCUGUUUGAGGGAGUCGACCACUCGCAGGUUUGGAUGUCUCACCAUGACAAAUUGCAUGCUCUUCCUACCGGUUUCAAAACAGUGGCUAUUUCUGGUAACUCUCCGUUUGCCGGUAUUGCACACACCGAGAAGGACAUCUUUGGUAUCCAAUUCCAUCCUGAGGUGACACACUCGCUUCAAGGAAAGACUCUGUUGAAGAACUUUGCUGUCAAGAUCUGUAAGGCCACCCAGAACUGGACCAUGGAGAAUUUCAUCGACACCGAGAUCAAGAGAAUUAGAGCCCUUGUUGGACCUUCUGCCGAGGUGAUCGGUGCUGUUUCCGGAGGUGUUGACUCCACUGUUGGUGCCAAGAUCAUGAAGGAGGCCAUCGGCGACCGGUUCCAUGCUAUCUACGUCGAUAACGGACUCAUGAGAAAGAACGAGACCGUCCAGGUGAAACAGACCUUGGACGAAGGUUUGGGAAUCAACCUGACCGUUGUGGAUGCUUCCAAACAGUUCCUCGACAACCUCAAGGGAAUCACCGACCCAGAGAAAAAGAGAAAGAUCAUCGGUAACACUUUUAUCCACGUUUUUGAAAAGGUUGCAACCGAGAUCAAGCCAAAGGACGGCUCUGAAAUCGAGUACUUGCUCCAAGGUACUUUGUAUCCAGACGUGAUCGAGUCGAUUUCGUUUAAGGGACCUUCCCAGACCAUCAAGACCCACCACAACGUUGGUGGUUUGUUGGAGGACAUGAAACUCAAAUUAAUCGAACCACUCAGAGAACUGUUCAAGGACGAAGUUAGACACCUUGGCCAGAUCAUGGGCAUCCCAGAAGACCUCGUUUGGAGACACCCAUUCCCAGGCCCAGGUAUUGGUAUCCGUGUUUUGGGAGAAGUGACUCCAGAACAGGUGAAAAUUGCUAGAGAGGCAGACUACAUCUUUAUCGAAGAGAUUAAGAAAGCUGGAUUAUACAGAAGCAUUUCCCAGGCGUUUGCUGCUUUGUUGCCAGUCAAGUCUGUUGGUGUGAUGGGAGACCAAAGAACAUACGAGCAGGUGAUUGCUUUGCGUGCGAUCGAGACCACCGAUUUCAUGACUGCGGACUGGUUUGUGUUUGAAGCCAAGUUCCUCAAGAACGUUGCUUCCAGAAUCGUCAACGAGGUGGAUGGCGUUGCGCGCGUUACGUACGACAUCACCUCCAAACCGCCUGCCACCGUCGAGUGGGAGUAA